UAAUAUAUUCCAAAGGGACUUAGUAAGUUAAUUUGACUUAAAAAGUGAAGGCAGCUAUAUAUUGUUAUACACUAAUUAUUUCUUUUUAUACACCUUAAUCAGACUAUAUCGAGUUUUUAAAAGUUUAUAAAACAUUUUAAUCGAUAACAUAAAAAUAUAAUAAAAUAACAGAGACGUUUGAUUGAAGAUCAAAAAAAGAUAAUCGCAUUGGAAAUCGUAUUAGGUAUUAGUAAAUUAAAUAUCACUGGGUUCUCUUGGCUUCAUGCCAAGUAAAUUGAUUAGAAAAAAUUAUUUGAUCGAAAUUUGUGAUUUCGUCGCUAUGACAACAGACAAUUAUGUCAUUUUGAAGUUCUGUUUUCAAUGAGCCUGAUUUCUAAAUAAUAUUUUCGUAAAUAUAUUGAGGUUUUUAGUAUUUUUACAAUGGGUGAAGCUCAAUUUGGCGUUAGGAAUGUUAUUGGGGCUCCGGUAGCCACUACCAGGUUGUCCGAGCAAGCCAUAGUCUGCAUGCCGCCGAGAGCAUCAAAGUUUACGCUGUCGGAAUGGAAGUUGAGCAACGAACAGAGAUGUAGGAAUACCGAAGAUCAACAGCAAUUGGCAGAUCGGGUCUUGGGUGAAUGCGAGAGAGUACGUGAUGAAACUGCUGAACGGGCUUCCAUCAUGAAAGCGACUUCCGAUAGACGAAUAGAAGAACGGAUUGGGGACAUAGAAUAUAACAAAAAGGAACUGCAGUUGCAAAGGAAGGAAAUUUGCCUUGAACUUGAAGCUUUAAGUGUUUACAAGACCCGAUUGCUGGACUGUCUCUCAUCCCUGCAAACGAAUGCAUUGACCAUUUGUCAAAAAUGUUUGAUGCUUAGAGAUGGACGAAUUGGCAUUGAUUUGGUGGUUGAUGAAGUAGAGCAUGCUCUUCAGCAAGAAAUCACCACAAUAUUAGGAGGACAAAGUUUACUUAAAAGAGCUUUAGAACAAUUGAACGAACAAAUGCGGCGUCUUAGAUCUACUCGUUACCUUCUUGACCGUGACUUGCAGUACAAACAAGCAGCUAUAGAUUUAGAUAAGGGUUCUUUAUCUCUAAAGCCUACUGAUUUGUGUCUCUCUAUUUACGAAGGCUACGCUAAUCUUGAUCCAGCCAAUAUAUCAGCCGAUGAGUACAAUGCUUAUUCCGCCAAAAACAUCCAGAGUGCUGCAAGAGAAGUAACCAGUGCUCGCCCUAUCCGCGUUUUCAUUGAUAUAUUGUUAAAACAGGUGAUUGAUGAUCUUUGGUCCGCAUUUAAUAAAUGCAAUCACGAAUUCAAAGAGCGAAUUGAAGACACAAAGCGGACUAAAGCGAAACUUGAAGACAUGCAUAGAGAAACAACACAGAAAAUAGCGGAUAUGGAGGAAAAUAUCUUGGAAUUGCAAAAAGCUCUGUCGGCAAAAGAAGGGAACAUAGCAUUGGCUCACACAAGACUAGGGAGAAGAGCACAAAGAAUCGGAGCGGAAUUAGUCCGGGAUCCACCAGGACAAGCUCUGUAUUACGAGUGUGAGAUGUUGCGCAAAAGUACUGAGGAGUUGCAGCAAAUGCUCCACGAAGCGACAUCCUCGCUACGUUACUUACUCCAGACCCAGAUACAGUUAGAAGAAGAUAUUAAUGUGAAGAUGAAUUCUUUGAAAAUCGACGAAGUGGACUGUAUGACCCUGCGUACAACUAUGGAUUAUCACGCCUACUAAACUACACAACAUUUAAGUCUACAUAAAACUAAGAUAAAUUAUAGUCAUAAAUUUUUUACUACACUAUUGUCUUAAAAUUUUAUUUCAAUGAUUUAAUCGAAAAUUAUGCAUAUUAAUACCAAUAUAUUUAUUUUAUUAACAAUUAAGAGUUUU